GAUCGACGUGAACAGCUGUGCACUAACGCGAAUCGUUGUCAUGCUGUCGCCUUGAUGAACAGCAGCCUCUUCUUCAAAGUCUCGUUGUCCGCAAUAUUUUGAUCGUGACUGAGGACUGGACAAGACAGACCUCAGAUUCUAAAGAACGACUGGCGAGACUUCCGCCUCGAGGACAGCGAUGCCCCCCGCUUGCGACGUGUUCAUCUCGGAGCUGCUGUGUCAAAGACUUCUAAAGCACUCGCUCAGCUCAACUCCGACGCUCGGCUACGUAUUCGGCCACAUCUCUAAAAGAGGCAUCCAGUGCUGUAGGUUGUGCUGUACAGAACGAUGGAGUUGUGCAGUCAUUCGGCUACUCCGUGGUUGGAGUGUUCUGCCUCUCGAGUAGCCUCUCUGACAACGAGGUUUACGAACUCUGCCAACCAUUUCUUCUCAAGUACCAGCAGGAAGAUGCCAUGGGCAGCAACCUUGAGGUGGCCGUCAUUCUACACACAGACACGAGCAAGACGGCUGUUUCAACCCAGCUUGUUUCCCUCGAGGCAGACUGCCCCAUGGAACCCAAGUCAGUCACCAUGGUGCCGGACAUUCACGUUGGAACGUGCACGGUUCGAGCUCGUGCCUCUCUCAUGAUGCCUUUUGAGAUGGACCCCGACCCUAAGUUUAUGCAACAGAAUUUGGAAGUGGCUGCAUCACGGAUCAAACGCCGCCUGGCGGCCGAAGUGCUGUCAUUUCAGUUGGAUGGCACUGAAGUACUCAUGCGGCGAAACUCUCCCGAAAAAGCCACUUUCCGACUUGGUCGACCAGUCGGGGGAUGGGAGCAAACAGCGUCGCCUCAAGAACACUCAGAGGAUUCUCAGCUUUGCUGUUUUGGUGCAGUGUACUGGGGAGCCUGCGAUGGAUGCUUGCGGAAAAUCCUGCACACCCGUCAUCCAUUACCAGAGAAGAACGUUUAAGAGUUGCUCUGUGGUGCUGCCUUUGGAUGUGGUGGCCACCGUGGGAGUGGAAGAUCCUGUCGCUGACGUUGUUGACCUGCUGGCACAAGAGUUGGUCAACCAGGUGGACCAACUGGUGUGCUGCAUUUCACGUUUUUCCAAGGGGGACAGCGUAUGUAGUGCACAGCCAUUCCACUUCUGGCCUGCCAAAUGUGGUCACUGGGUCACCGUAGUCUACCCCGAUGGCAUCUCCCAGGAAAACUUGUUGCCCUACCGGCGCGAGCUACACAGGCUGCUCCUUCUACCCGAGAUCAGCCGCACUUUCGCAAGUCCAACUGUCUAUGCAUUUCCUGAUGACCUGGCAUCGGAACCUUACCUUCGCAAUGUCCAUGUUGGCCUCAAUCCCCCAUCAGGGUGUGAGGUGCAGCUGGUGUUUGGCCAGUACAGGUAUCGGCACUACCAGCAGGAUCGAAUGGACGACAAUGGGUGGGGCUGUGCGUACCGCUCGCUGCAGACCAUCAUCUCCUGGUUCCAGCUUCAAGGUUACACUGAGUGUGCCACUCCCACUCACCGCGAAAUACAACAGAUAUUGGUGGACAUUGGAGACAAGCCUUCUUCAUUUGUUGGCUCAAAACAGUGGAUUGGAUCCCAAGAGGUUGGCUUCGUUCUCAACAGGCUGCUCGGUGUGGAGUAUCGGACUAUGUUUGUGAGCUCUGGUGCCGAGUUGCCAACUAAGAGUCGGGAACUCAUGGCGCAUUUUGAAAAGCACGGCACUCCAGUCAUGAUCGGAGGUGGGAUGCUAGCACACACUAUCAUUGGAAUCGCUUUUGACAGUAAAACAGGCGAAUCGCACUAUCUUGUGCUUGAUCCACAUUACACCGGUGGCGAGGAUUUGUCUACCGUGCAAAAUAAGGGCUGGUGUGGCUGGAAAGGAGCGAACUUCUGGGACCAGAACUCCUUUUACAACCUCUGCCUGCCGCAGCGACAUGUUGACAGUCUGAGCCUAUAAUGCGGCAAAUAUAACGAGCCUUUUGAUAUACCUGCCUUUCACUGCAAUUUUUUUUCGAUGGAUUCUUACUCUAAAAUUAACUUUUAAACUCUUGUUUGGCUUCUUAGGACAUCACAGCUUAUUUUUAUCAAGUAUUUGGUGCAAAGACUCAUUGUGAACUAUGUGGAAGACCACUUAUGCUUCUAGUUUAGCGCGAGUCUACUCCACUGUAAAAUCCCGAGCAAGCGUAACCCCUCUAAUGUGAAAGAUAAAGUGGCAAGAUUCAAAAGAGGGGGCCGUUACUCGGUCUUGGAUCUUAAUUCAAUGUGGUGGACGAGGAGUGGCUAAAAUAAAAAAUGCACACUCGUGCUUUUAAUGCGAUGCUUUA